CUUUCAAGACAACCUGAAUCAAUUGAUCCACAUGCACAUCUUUGACUUACCACAAGAGCUUCUGGAGGCCAUCUUGGCGCAGACCUCGCGUGGCUCUCUCGCCAGCCUCGCGCGGGUCUGCCAACGUCUCCGACCGCCCGUCGAGCGCGUCUUGUACCAGUUGGUGUACUUGCGCAACCACGACGGAGAAAAGUUCACCUACGCGCUGGACUGUGUACCCUCCCGUGCCGAGUAUGUCAAAGAGCUUCUAAUUCACUAUCAUUAUGUCGAUGUUGAAGAUGAAGAGGAGUACUAUCCAUUGUAUGCGGAAACCCUCGCUCCGACGAUCGGGCGUCUCGUGAAUCUGCGAACGCUUGUCGUCAAGGGGCUCGAGUUCGACGCAGACCGAGAAGAAGACGACGAAAUUAUUGGGGGAUAUGAGAGAGUCAUUGCCGAAGCCGAGAAAUGGGACACUCUCUUCGCGCAAUCUGCUGUGCCGGGCUCGCAGAUCCUUCCUUCGCUUACAAAAUGUGUGAUGAUCAUGGAUGACAUUGCGCCCAAUGAGCCAGCUUGGGACUUUAGUCUGAGGGGCGCCGUGCUGAUCCAUCCGCACCUCCAAGACCUGACCAUAGUCGGGGGCGAACUUGAGAGCCUGAAGAAUCAUGUGCCUUCACCACGAUCGACGCCACUCGAAAGGCUAAACAUGUUUGGCUGUGAUGUGUCACCCUCCGCGAUGGGCGAGUUGUUGUCGCUGCCGCGUGCCUUGAAAUAUCUGACGUAUAAAGGGGCGCCGUGGUGUUACCGGCCCACAAAUCUUAUGCCCGACAGGCAAAUAUACGUUGACAUGAUUAAGAAUCAAGCGGAUUCACUCCUGAGUCUUGACAUUGACUUCUAUCCAGGGAUUGUUGAUAACCCCCCGGUAGACUUUACUGCCCUCGAGUGCCUGGAAGAACUCACUGUUGAAUCCGAUGCAUUGAGAGGCACCGGAGAAUACGACCCGAAGAACAACACCAAAAUAUGUCUGUGGAAAAGCUCCGAGCUGAAAUGCCAGCUUCCUCUGAGCCUAAAGCGUUUAGUGCUUUUUCUAUACACCCCGAAGAAUCCCCUAGAUUGGCGUACCUUGAUUAUACUCUACAAUUGGAUCUCGCGGGGCAGUUUGCCAAACCUGGAAACGAUUACUUUUCAGAUCGCGAAGCCGUGUGAACGCGAGAUAUUAGACCGAUCGAUUGGAGACAAUGUGCGGUCAAUCGGGCAGGCUUUUGAAGAGGUUAACGUGCAACUGCAGUUCGAGCUGGUCCCUAACAGCAAAAACGACGGCUACGAGCUAUUCAACUGCCCUGACUGCGGCAUUAAUUGGCGAAACAUGCAUGCUUGAUCUGAGCCUAAUUUAACAUCAAACACAUCCUUGCAGCACUU